UAUUUUAUUUUAUUUUUUGUAACAUAUUUUAUUUUAGCGGUAAAUUCUAUCGAUGAUGAGGAAAUAUCUCAUCUAUGGAACGCAAUAAAAGAUGGUAAAAACGACUAUAUAAUGUGGCACGACUUCAUCGUGUAUUAUGGCGAGGAAGAAAAUGAAUUUCGUGUUCUAACAGAAAGAUUCGGAACCAAAUGUACGAAUGAUAAAGGUCAAAAAGAAUACAGAAUUAAUUAUGCAAAAUUUACCGAGGCCGUGUUGGAAGGCCGCAUACCAAGAUGGCCUAUACCUGUGUUACGCCGUGAAUUUAACAAAAUUGCCUCAAAGGGGAAAUAUGGACUCCAAAACAUUACUAUCAACGACAUGAAAAAAUACUAUGAAGAAGAAGAAUAUACUUCAGAGCAACUCGAUGAUAUUAUGGCUAAAUUCGGAAUUUCGUCAGAAGGAGAAUGGAAACUAUUUUUCCAUGACUUUAAAAGAGCUGUGAACACUGGGAGACUUCCAGAACCAAAAAUUGAAUGCGUUUGUGGCCGUCGCUAUAAGGUGUAG